AAAUGUGCUUCAAAAGUGUAAUAUAGCUCUUGUCACGCAGACAUUUGCUUUUUUGACGUCCGUUGUUGCUUCAGAGACUCGACGAAGCGUCGUCUCCGCCGGAGUGUUUUACAAAAAAGAGCGUAAAGUAGCCGGCGGACAAAGAUGAGCCUGGUCGUUUCUCAACAACAGGCUGAGGGGCUCCCAGCUGUGGCCCAAACAGCAACAGAGAGUGAUUCAGACAGCGGGAUGGGCUCUCCAGCAGAGGAGCUGGUGAUGGAGACAGCCAACAAAAGAGACGAGCUUCCAGAUUCUGACGACGAUGAAGAUAUCACCGUCCACAGAAAGCCUCAUCGUAACGCCAUCCGAGACAGUGACAGCGAGGAAGAGGAGGCAGCUGCAGAGAGCAGCAUCCACAUGGCUGAAGCACUGGCCCUCUCUGCUUCCAGCGGAGAGGAGAUGGAGACGGAAGAGAGGGAGGAGAGGAAAGAGAGAGGGACGCAGAAGAGCAAGAGAAUAAGCCGUGCUCCCAUUGAUAGUGACGACAGCGAGCCUGAGCAAGAGCGACACGGAGAAACGGAGGAGCAACAGGAGGAGGUGAGGAAGAAAGGGAAAUCGAUGAAGGAAUGGAAGAAGAGAGAGAAGAGUCAGAGGCACCGGGAGAAAAAGGAGAAGCGGAGCAAAGCGGUGGAAAAACUGAAAAAGAAGGAGAGAUUAUCUGAGGUGAAUGAGAACACGCCUCCCUCCCGGGGUCUGAAUGACAGUGGAUGUCCACUGGGCAACACAGACCUGUUUGACACUGGUUUGGAUGAUGAGGAGGAAGAGGAGGAGGAGGAGUCUCUGGAGGCCAUCCGAGCUGCUGUCAAGCAAAAGAUGAAAAAACAUAAGGAUCCUCUCCUGGAUGAGGAGGAGGAGGAGGAUGAAAAUGCACCGGAGAAACCCCAGCGUGCGGAGAGGAAAGCUGCACGUGCCAGCAAAGAGGCAAUGAAGCAGCUCCACAGUGAAUCUCAGAGGCUGGUCAGAGAGUCCACUCUCGGCCUGCCGUAUCACAUCCCUGAGCCGAAGACCAUCGACCAGUUCUUUAAGAAGAGAGCCAGGCCGCAGGGUCCUGCCAUGGCGUUGUUGAAGUCUACAAAGUAUUCCGCCAUGAUGUUGGAGACACCAUCAGCUCCUCCUCCACCUCCCACAAACCCAUCCAGAGAGCCUCCGCAGCCAUCCACAGAGCAGGACUCUUCUCCCUCUCUAGAUCUAUCUUCCACUCAGAUCCAGCCCAUUCCUCAUCCUGCCGCCACCUCGUCCCCGCAGCAGGAGAGCCUCAGCCAGGACAGAGAGGCAUCAGCAAGCCAAGAUCCUGACCAGGAAUCUGGACCGAUGCUUUACCUCUCUGAGAGUCUGCAGGAGUCACUCACAACAGAUGAAGCGGUGAGACCUGCCUCUGACUCUGCAGAAGAGGCAGCUCCUGCAUCGUCAGAACAAAGCCAGGCUGCAGUAAUGUCUGACGCCAUGCAAACAGACUCUGAGGCUUUGGUGGAGCCUGUAGCCGCUCAGCGUGGGAGCGCUGAGCCUUCAGCACCGCAGCCAACCAAACCCAAGAAGGACAAAUUGGCCAGACUGAAGGAGCUCGGACUGGACCCCCCACCUGUCGCCAAAUUAUGUCCAGACGACGGAGCUUUUGUUCAGCUCGAGCCUCCACAGCUCAACUCAGGUGUGGAGGCGCUGAAGGAACGCUACCUCCGUCAUGUCAAAGCUCCCGUACGACCUCAAGGAGAGCGUACAAUGCAGCUCAACAUCGUCCGCAAAGACAGCGCCCCAUCCGGCCAGGAGGAGUUGCACACAGAUUCGGUCACUGUCACAGUUAAAGAGGGAGCAGAAGAGCCUGUAGCAACCAAACCAGGAGAAAAGCUGCUGACUCUGAAGCAGCGCCUGCAGCUCGCCAUGGCCCAGAGGAGACAGGAGGAGCGGGCACGCAAGGCCGAGCUGAAUCGCCUCGACAAUGAAGACUGUGGCGAGGAGGAAGAGGAGGAGGAGGAGAUGACUGAUGAAUCUGAUGAAGAGAAUGUAGAUGACUUACUGGGAGGUGACGAUGGUGAGGAGGAAGAGAAGGAGCAUGAAGAUGAAGAGGGCAGUGUGGUCCAGAGUAUCAGGAGCCCUUCUCCUGCGGCUCUGAACGGACCCUCACCAACUCCGGACCUAAUCAACACAGACGGCACACUCAUGCUGUUCCCCGGCAACUCCUGCUCUCGCACCGGUGAUGGUGUAAGAAGAUCUGGUCCUUCUGGUCAGGACAGCAGCAACAAGAUGGAAGAGGACGACUCUCUGUCCCUGGUGAAGGACAACAGCCACAACAGCAGCUUUGAGCUUGCAGGAUCUAUGAUAACCUCGUACCAGCCUGUCUGUCCUCAGCGCUCCGCAGGACGGAGCAUCUCCAACUCUUCCAUGUUUCGCUCUCCGUCUCCCUGCCUCUUCCGGCCCAGCUUCCUCGGCUCUGCCUCAAAGAGUUCAGGCAAACUCUCAGAGCCCUCUCUCUGCCUCCCUGUUGAGGACUCCCAGGACUUGUACGCACCUCCGUCCCCAGGAGCAGAUUUGGGGCCCCUCGGGGGAGCAGCCUCUGGCCCCGGUCUAGGAGGAGACUCCCAAGGCCGCUUUUCCCUGGAGGACGACACCCAUUCCCAGUUACUCGACGCAGACGGCUUCCUUAACGUGGGGCCGCGGCCUGGUGCCCCUCGCUCCCACAAGAGACAGUUGAUCCUGGACAGCCUGGAUGAAAACGCGAUGGACGCCAACAUGGGGGAGCUGUUGGGGCUGUGCUCGGGGGUUUUUGGGACAGCGGAGAGCGGCUCGGAUAGGACGGGAGGCCUCGGAGCAUCACAGGAGGAUGAGCUGCUCGGGUUGUGCUCUGGAGCGUUUCCAGCAACACAAGCAGGAGAAGAGCAGCUGGAAACAGAGAAGAGUAGAGAGCGAGCGCAGGAUGAAGAGUCUGAUAACACCAUGGACCAGCUGCUGGGGCUGUGCUCAGGGAAGUUUCCCAGUCCAGGUUCUGCUCACACAGCUUCGCCGGCACAAGACAGUAAAAAGAAGCUGGAGGAGGAGGAGGAGCAGGACGAGGAGGAAGAGGAGGACUGUGAGUUCCGGCUCCUGUCAGAUGUGGAAAGUCACAGUGAACAGGAGGACAAUGAUGAGGAUGGCGAAGAGGAAAAUGAGGAGGAUGAAGAUGAAGAGGAGGACGAGGCAGAGGCUGGGGAGGAAGAGGAUAAUGAGGUAGAAGAGGAGGAGAUGCAGGGCGUCUUUGCACCCCACCGGGUUAAGAAGAAGAAGAAAAUGCGCAUGGCCGACUACCUGGAGUCAGAGGCUGAGCUGUCCGGCAGUGACAUGGGCAGCGACGAUGAGGACGGCGACAGAGGGAGUGAAUAUGAGGAAGAGGAGCUUCUCGAGGACCUUCCUUCUGAUGAAGAGCUGCAGGAUCAGGUCAACAAGAUCCACAUGAAGCAGAUAAUGGAUGAUGACAAGCGUCGUCUGAGGCUCUACCAGGAGCGUUACCUCGCUGACGGUGACCUGCACUCGGACGGCCCGGGACGAGCUCGCCGCUUCCGUUGGAAAAAUAUUGAUGAUGGUUUCAACAUGGACAGGACGGGGGCAGAUGGUGCAGAAGAGGAGGAUGAAGAUGACGACGUGGACCUGUCUGAGGUCCAAAGGAGGAAAGAGAGACUGGAGAGAGAACAGUGGCUCAGAGAACAGUCUGAGCAGAAAGCCAAGAAGGGGGAAGAUUUGGACGCAGAUGAUGAGAAGAUUGGAGAUGAAGACAGUCAGUUUAUGAAGCUCGCCAAGAAACUGACUGCCAAGACUCUGCAGAGGAAAGCAGAGCCUCCUGUGGCACCACAACCAGAAAAGAAGACAACAUCAGCUCUCAACCCUUUCCAGAGACCCUUGCAGCCUUCACAGGUGAGGAGAGGAUCACUGCUGAGUCAACCUCAAUCCGUCCUACAGAAGUUGGCUUCGAUCUCAGAGGGGAAUCCUCUGGCCCCCAGAAACAGCCGAGGAUUCCUGUUUCAAACUCUGUCUCCUGAGAAGGACAAGUCCUCCUCAGACGCUCCCCAGAAACAGACGAUGAAGAAGAGGGGUCCGGUGGAGGCAGUGAACCCAGCUGCAAAGAGGCUCUGCAGGGAAAACAGACCUGCAGGACAGACUAAAGGCCCCCAGAGGAGCAUCUUCAACUUCCUGGACCACUGAACUGUCUCGAUACACUAACUGAGUGAUCAUCUUCAUCAAGCUGGGCAGCUAAUAACUGAUAAAUGGCAUAAAAUUACCAACCACAUCCAGUAUUUUACCUGACAGUACAACAAAUGACGGUGGUAAAAUGAUGAUUACUUGCCACAAUGGCUGAGAGACGUCAACUAUGAAACACUGAUUUUUGUCCGCGUGUUUUCAUGUUUACAUUGCCCUCAAAUGACAAACUAAAGCACACCACUGAAGCGUCUCUUGAUGUUUUGUUUUUGUCUUACUCAUGCUUGCUUUCACUGAUUUUUGUGUGGCGUCAGAGGCUUUCAUCUGUCACACCUGACUUGACAUAAUUUGGACUUAAUGACAGGUCCAUUUAAAAAUGUUUUAUCAUGUAAAUAGGAUUUGAUUUUUGUUUUUAAUGGUU